AUGAAUCACUGUCUACUGCCCGAUUGUCUCCCGGGACACGAAGACUGUAACACGAUCGAGAUCACCUACAGCAUUUUCCCGGGCGUGCAAACGGCUAGCCAUCCCUGUCCCGGGAAGCCGUUCAUCGUGAGAGGCUUCCCGAAAAAAUGUUAUCUUCCAAAUAAUCAGAAAGGAAAGAAAGUGUUGAGCUUGCUGUACAAGGCGUGGUCUCGUGGCCUCAUCUUCACCAUUGGCUCAACCUGCACGACGGGUGAGAAAAAUGUGGUGGUUUGGAACGGAAUUCAUCACAAGACCGAGAAACAUGGCGGGCCUCCCGCGGGUUAUCCGGAUCAUUUCUACCUGGACAACGUCAUCAUUGAACUGAGAGCUCAAAGCGUUGAAUAACAACUGUGAGGGUCCAUUUGGUUUGUUUGUUUUUUUUUGUACGAAGAACUUUCAACACUGCUUGUUGUACGUGAACUCGGUAUGUGUUCAAGCAUUAUUGGGACGACCUGACGUGGAAGAUAUAUUUCUAUUUUGUAUUGGGUAUUCGCCGUGGAAAUGCCUGUGGCCUUGAUGAUGACUCCAAUUGCUCAAAUAUUCGCCAUUGCGU